AUGAUCGUACUGAGUAGUUUGUGGCUCGGAUAUCGCAACAAUGUCCUAAAUCCGGACACUCUGUUGGGAAACAGCACUUUUCUGGGUUCGUGGCCUGGUUUUAGGCCCUCGUGGACCACUGAACAGCUCGAGCCUCGCUUCGCCUACGCGCAGUAUGCAACGGACCUCGACUACCUGUGCAAUUGUGCCAUAAAUUUUGCGCGUUUGAAUAUGUUUGGUGCGACGUACGAUAAGGUCUUGAUCUUUCCAGAGGAUUGGUCGUCUGGUUCCUCAAAGGAAGCAAUCGCGAUGCGCAAGUUCCAUUCGGAUUACCCAGAUGUAGAACUACGCCCUUUCGGCCUUCUCUCGACCGCCAAGGGCGACGCAACGUGGCGGAACAGCCUCACCAAAUUCCACGCCUUUGCGCUUACCGAUUACACGCGAGUUCUGGCAUUCGACUCGGAUUCGCUGGUGAUGCAAAGUAUGGAUCAUUACUUCCUUGCCCCUCUUGCACCCGUCGCAGUCCCUCGCGCAUACUGGCUUAAUGACGACGACGCUGCGGUUGGAAAGCAACUAGUUGGGUCGCAUAUCAUGCUUAUCGAGCCGAACCAGGACCGGUACAAGCAAAUUAUUGACGAGGCGCUGGCGUCGGGUGAUUUCGACAUGGAAAUCGUCAACCGCAUGUUCGGACGGUCAGCCAUGAUCCUCCCACACCGACGGCUGGCUAUGCUUUCGGGAGAGCUGCGCGCUACAAACCACAGCAAGUAUCUUGCGCCGGAUGUAGGAGAGGAGUGGAACGCGAUGGGGGAGAUCUCAAGGGCGUAUCUCGUCCACUUCAGCGAUUGGCCGUUGCCGAAGCCGUGGAAGCACCGCACCCAGAAGCAGUGGGAGGCCGCGUUGCCUAUUUGCCGCGACGAUGAUGUUGAGACUGAAGACAAGCCGCGGUGUGCAGACCGGUUUAUGUGGUCUGGCUUGUACCAGGAUUAUGAUGAUGGGAAGGAGAGACAUUGUAAAUUCAGAGGUUGA